AUGACUCAUUGUACCACUCAUUCACUCUUUGCCGAUGACUGUCGUGUGCAACGAGUGCACCAAAUAUGUGACACUAAUGGUGUUGUGGUGGUCGACAGGUUCACCUCAGCCCUGCCGACGCCGAUGCGCUUACGAGACCUGAUCCGUCAGAUCCGCGCGUCGAGGACUGCGGCCGACGAGCGGUCAGUCGUGCAGAAGGAGUGCGCUUACAUUAGAUCCACUUUUCGCGAGGAAGACAAUGUGUGGCGCUGUCGUAAUGUCGCCAAACUCCUGUACAUUCAUAUGUUGGGAUACCCGGCACACUUCGGACAGCUCGAAUGCCUUAAACUGAUUGCUUCGCCGCGAUAUACAGACAAACGGAUUGGAUAUUUAGGAGCAAUGCUUCUGUUGGAUGAGCGACAAGACGUUCACCUCCUGAUCACUAACUCCCUGAAGAAUGAUUUGAACUCUCAGGCCCAGUUUGUGGUUGGAUUAGCCCUCUGCUGUUUGGGAGCCAUUUGUUCCGUAGAAAUGAGCCGAGACUUAGCCGGAGAAGUGGAGCGACUCAUGAAGUCAUCCAACACUUACAUCAAGAAGAAGGCGGCCUUAUGUGCGGCAAAGAUUGUCCGCAAAGUGCCCGAACUGAUGGAAAUGUUUUUACCGGCCGCUAGAAGUCUGAUCACUGAGAAAAAUCACGGAUGUCUAAUAACUGGAAUCAUAUUGAUAACCGAAAUGUGCGAAAAUAGUAGCGAGACAUUAGUUUAUUUCAAAAAGAUGGUUCCCAAUCUGGUGAGAAUCCUGAAGAACCUAAUUAUGGCGGGAUAUUCACCCGAACACGACGUCUGUGGUGUUAGCGAUCCGUUCCUUCAAAUCAAAAUCUUACGGCUCUUAAGGCUUUUGGGUCGCAAUGACUCGGAAAGCAGUGAAAUAAUGAAUGAUAUUUUAGCCCAGGUGGCCACAAAUACGGAAAGCAGUAAAAAUGUGGGAAACGCUAUAUUGUAUGAAACGGUUAUAUCGAUUAUGGAAAUCAAGUCGGAGGGAGGCCUGAGAGUGUUGGGCGUCAACAUAUUGGGCCGCUUUUUGCUCAACACUGAUAAGAACAUACGUUAUGUGGCGCUCACCACUCUUCUCAAGACCGUAUCCGCCGAUUACAACGCAGUGCAGAGACACCGGACAACGAUCGUCGAGUGUCUCAAAGACCCCGACGUCUCGAUCCGCAAGAAAGCCAUGGAAUUGUGUUUCGCUUUAAUUAAUUCAAAUAACAUCCGAACGAUGUCUAAAGAGUUGAUCCUUUUCCUGGAAAAGGCUGACCCGGAGUUCAAAUCGAUUUGUUCGUCAAACUUAUGCAUUAGUGCCGAGAAGUACUCUCCCGGCCAUAAGUGGCACAUUGACACAGUCAUCAAAAUACUAACCACGGCUGGAAAUUAUAUUCGAGACGAUGUGGUCGGGAGUCUUAUAGAGUUAAUAUCAAUGACUAAUUCAUUGCAUAGUUAUGCCGUCCAACAGCUAUACAAACAAUUAAACGGAGAUUUAGAGUCAAAGCAGCCUAUGAUUCAGGUGGCGAUGUGGGCGUUGGGAGAGUUCGCCGACUUGUUGACAGUUCCCGUCAAUGACUUGGAUUCCAAUGAUUCGCAACCCAUUGAGGUGUUGGAUGUGAAGGAAGACGAUGUGAUCGAGAAGUGCGAACAACUUCUUAUGGCUAAUGGUAUGACUAUAGUCACCAAAGAGUAUAGUAUCGCCGCUCUUAUCAAACUGAGCGCCAGAUAUCCAAACACUGCGUCGCGCGUCAAACAAAUCAUUGAUCUCUUCGGAUGUGAUCAUAACGUAGAACUGCAACAAAGAGCUGUUGAGUUCGCGUCACUCUUUAGUAAACACAAUCACUUGAGAGUCGGUCUUCUGGAGAGAAUGCCUCCCAUGACUGUGAGGGCAGACAAACGGAAUGGCGUCCAGAAUGGAGAUGUCACUGAAGAAGAUCUCAAUUAUGAGAACGAGUUGUCCAAUGAGAUCAGUAAGAGUGAUGUUAAGCCACCGCCCACUUCAAGUCUCUUAGAUAUCUUAGACCUGAAUGUCUCUCCAGUCAAAAGCAUUGAUUCAAACAAAUCAAUGCCAAUAAUACCGCAGUCGACAGCAGUUAAUGUUUUGGACCUUUUGGUAGGACUUGAUUUGAACCCAACGACAGACAACACAUUAAACCAGAACCCGAUUGGCAUUCCUUCUCUGGUUAACAAUAUAUCAAACGAAUCGCAAACUAAUAUUUUCGACGGUUUCUUAAAUGAAGUCAAACCUAACCUACAAAUUAAUAAUUCUAUUGAACCUAUCGUUGCAUUUAAUAAGAAUGGAUUAAAAAUAGAUUUUAAUUUCGAAAGACCCGCCGAUGACCCGACUCUAUGUGUCAUAUCAUUGAUGGCAACCAAUUCCAGUCCCUAUCCAAUGGAUGAGUUCCUAUUCUCAGCAGCUGUUCCUAAGACAUUCCAAUUACAACUGAUGCCGCCCUCAAGUAAUAGGAUCGCUGAGAGCAAUAUGGGAGCUGUGAAUCAAGUGAUUAAAGUGACCAAUCCUAAUAAGAAUCCACUGAAGUUGAGACUUAAGAUCGAAUAUCAACACAACGGUAAUAAAGUGGAGGAAACGUCGGAUGUAACGAGUUUUCCGGUCACGACGUGGCAAUAGGAACGGCCAAUAAAUAGGUUCUGAUACACAAUAACUUCUAACAGAAUCUGUGCCUCACUGCAGAUAUCAUUAGUGCAAGAAUGGCAUCAAAUUUGUCUGUAUUUACCUCUAAAUGAUUUUUGGCGGAGAGUUUUGGAACAGAUUUUGUUAGUUUUGAAACAUAAUUAUUGCUAAGAAUUUGAUAUUUUUAUUAUACAUUAAAUGAGUUUAAUAUAAGUUAUGCAGAAUUCUGUGUAUAAAUUGAACGAAUAUAUCGUUUUUCUAAUUGAGUCG